CUUUCCCUUUCUUUCUCACUUAUUUACUUCAUUUUUUUUUUCAAUUGAGCUCCGAGCUCCGUUACUUCGACCGCUGUUUCCUCGCCUCGGACUUGAGUGGAUCCGUUGUUUAUAGCUUCCCGAGAAAAGCGAUGCGCUAAGGGAAGAGAAUAAAAGGGACAGAAAGCUCCCCUGGUAAUUUCACCUUGAAAUUUUUUUUUUAUUUAUAGAAACCUUUCUUUGUCGGAAAGUACUUUAUCUGCCUUUUAAAAAGCAUUGGAAAAGCUUUUCGAUUCAUUUUUGCUUCACUUUUGUGUUAUCAUUGAUUUUGUUUAUAUCAUACCAUACUUAUUUCUCGUCUGACAAACGAAAUUGAUGAUACUUUUGUGAACAAGUAUUCAUUUGUUUGAGAUAUAUUAGAAUCCUUGGCAAUCCCAUUUCAGUUUUUAUUUAAGAAUUCUUUACGAUUGUGCUGCUGACUGAAAUUGACUGGGAAUUAUUUAACAAGCGAUUACUAGUUGAUUUUCUUUCCCCCCCCCCCCAAAAAAAAAAGUUUUAUUUAUUUAUUCUAUUUGUUGAAACGCCCAUCAUUUUAUAUACGGUCAUUCCAUUACAACACGAGGUCAGGUAAAAGUUGAUUGUCGCAGGUGGCUUUCUUAUAAUAUCCUUCUUUCUUUCUUUUUUCUCUCUUAUUAUAUAUCGUUCUAAAAUGGAAGUUCCUUCUCCCAAACAUACUUCUCAGGUGAUCAUCAGUGACUUGAAGGAAAAGCCGCCAGCUUUACCUACCUUUUGGAUUGCCUUUCCAGCAACUCAGCCGAUAGGUAUUAUAAGGCCUCGCAUCAAUCGCCGUAUUACUCAAGUCAAACAACGAGCCGAAACAGAAGAGGCAAUAUUUAAUCUAUAUCAACGAUGGAAUCCUUUCACGUUUUCGUAUCGUCUCAUCCUUACAGAUGCCAGUAGGGAUGACAAGAGAAUCUUAGCAUGGUUUUUUUCAAGAAGAUUUGGAUCGCCAAAGAUAUUAAUGAAACAUAUAUGCCAUAAUGGCGGUUAUCUUAACUGGGCAAUAAAAAAAACCGAAAAAAGUAUAAUUUUUGAUAACAUGACUUCCAAUCCACAAGAAGCUAAACGCAUCGUUUGGAAAUUACAAAAUCAAAAACCAAAGCAUGAAAAUUCUUGGAAAGCAGAUUUGGUGUUGCCGUCGCGUAAACAAAGGAUACCUGUUGGUUCUUUAGACGGGUUUGAGAUCAAAUUUCAUGCACAACUUUUUGAAUAUACAACUCGUUUAUUGAAAUUCCGUUAUCUUGAAAUUGCCAUUUUUAGCAUGGCCCUCUAUGUGAAAAUAUGGGAUUUAAACCUCCUCCAUGCUUGCCUUUUACCCUGAGUCUUUAUUACUUUUAUUAACAACGCUCUUUCUAUACUUUUCAUGAUAUCCGCAAUAAUGUAGGGAUUUUAACUUUUAAUGUAUACAGGUAUUCCCUUUUGUUAUAUAUCUAAUCCCUCGUUUGACGUACCCGCUUUUCUUUUUUACCUUUGUUUUCUUAAUUUCCGAUGCUUUUUGUUUUAUUUUGUUUGUUUUAGAGUAACGUCUUUUGUGGUUUGAAUUAAAUCUUUUUACCAUUGGAAACAGCUUCUUCAUAGAACUAUUAUGAAACUAUUCUUGUUGAGUUUUACUCUAUUGAAUCUCUUGUUUUGAUUUAAUUCUUUUAAAUUCUCUCUGUUUACUCGUUUUCAUCUGAUAUGCACCAAAUAGGUUUGAUCAUGUUCGGUAUCGCCCUUACCAAACUAUAUUUCAGUUUCUCUUACAGACGGGUAUCUUCGUGUCAAUUGUUUACAACAAGAACCUCUACUAACGGAAAACA